UGGAAGCUCAGGGUCGUGGAGAGGAAGCCCUGCCGCUCUAUGCAAGGUCUUCCUGUUUUUGGAGGAGGCAGGCACUCCAGGGCCGAUCGUCUCGAAUCACCUUCACCUCUGGGGGCUCAGAAUCCCUGAGCCACAAAGCUGGGGCAGGGCUGGGGGAUACCCCUGCUGCUCAGACAGGGAAAUGGGCACGGAGCUUGCCCAGUACUUCCCAGAAGGACGAGGCUGCUGAGCUUCUCAUUCGGGGCUCCGGGACCUGGACUGUACCCCUUUCUGGCGUCACCUCCUGUCGCCUCGCCCUCGCCAUGCAGACCCCGCAAGCGUCCCCUCCCCGCCCGGCCCUGCUACUUCUGCUGCUGCUACUGGGGGGCGCCCACGGCCUCUUUCCUGAGGAGCCGCCACCGCUCAGCGUGGCCCCCAGGGACUACCUGAACCACUAUCCCGUGUUUGUGGGCAGCGGACCCGGACGCCUCGCCCCCGCAGAAGGUGCUGAGGACCUCAACAUCCAGCGAGUCCUGCGAGUCAACAGGACGCUGUUCAUUGGCGACAGGGACAACCUCUACAGGGUAGAGCUGGAGCCCCCCACGUCCACGGAGCUGCGGUACCAGAGGAAGCUGACCUGGAGAUCGAAUCCCAGCGACAUAAACGUGUGUCGGAUGAAGGGCAAACAGGAGGGCGAGUGUCGAAACUUUGUAAAGGUGCUGCUCCUUCGGGACGAGUCCACGCUCUUUGUGUGCGGUUCCAACGCCUUCAACCCGGUGUGCGCCAACUACAGCAUAGACACCCUGCAGCCCGUGGGAGACAGCAUCAGUGGUAUGGCCCGCUGCCCGUACGACCCCAAGCACGCCAAUGUUGCCCUCUUCUCUGACGGGAUGCUCUUCACAGCUACUGUUACCGACUUCCUAGCCAUUGACGCUGUCAUCUACCGCAGCCUCGGGGACAGGCCCACCCUGCGCACCGUGAAACACGACUCCAAGUGGUUCAAAGAGCCUUACUUUGUCCAUGCGGUGGAGUGGGGCAGCCAUGUCUACUUCUUCUUCCGGGAGAUCGCGAUGGAGUUUAACUACCUGGAGAAGGUGGUGGUGUCCCGCGUGGCCCGAGUGUGCAAGAACGACGUGGGAGGCUCCCCCCGCGUGCUGGAGAAGCAGUGGACUUCCUUCCUGAAGGCGCGGCUCAACUGCUCUGUGCCCGGGGACUCCCACUUCUACUUCAACGUGCUGCAGGCUGUCACAGGCGUGGUCAGCCUCGGGGGCCGGCCCGUGGUCCUGGCUGUGUUUUCCACGCCCAGCAACAGCAUCCCUGGCUCGGCUGUCUGCGCCUUUGACAUGACACAGGUGGCGGCUGUGUUUGAAGGCCGCUUCCGAGAGCAGAAGUCCCCCGAGUCCAUCUGGACGCCGGUGCCGGAGGAUCAGGUGCCUCGACCCCGGCCUGGGUGCUGCGCAGCCCCCGGGAUGCAGUACAAUGCCUCCAGCGCCCUGCCAGACGACAUCCUAAACUUUGUCAAGACCCACCCUCUGAUGGACGAGGCGGUGCCCUCGCUGGGCCACGCGCCCUGGAUCGUGCGGACCCUGAUGAGGCACCAGCUGACUCGAGUGGCUGUGGAUGUAGGAGCCGGCCCCUGGGGCAACCAGACUGUUGUCUUCCUGGGUUCUGAGGCAGGGACCGUCCUCAAGUUCCUCGUCCGGCCCAACGCCAGUACCUCAGGGACAUCUGGGCUCAGUGUCUUCCUGGAAGAGUUUGAGACCUACCGGCCAGACAGGUGUGGACGGCCGGGCGGUGGCGAGACAGGGCAGCGGCUGCUGAGCUUGGAGCUGGACGCAGCUUCAGGGGGCCUGCUGGCUGCCUUCCCCCGCUGCGUGGUCCGAGUGCCCGUGGCUCGCUGCCAGCAGUACUCCGGGUGCAUGAAGAACUGUAUCGGCAGUCAGGACCCCUACUGCGGGUGGGCCCCAGAUGGCUCCUGCAUCUUCCUCAGCCCAGGCACCAGAGCCACCUUUGAGCAGGACGUGUCCGGGGCCAGCACCUCAGGCUUAGGGGACUGCACAGGCCAGGGGCCCCCCGAUGCCUUGGCAGUGCCAGCCACGGGAACCAGGAGCGAGAGACGGUGCCAGAACGCCGGGGCCCGGGGCAACUCCGAGUGGGUGCUCAAGCCCCCCCCCGCGACCCACCCGCGGAGUAGGGGGCCCCCUCCGCCACAAGGAAGCACAACCAGCUCGCCCUCCCCCCACCCGGGGCCGUAG